ACACAAGCGUUCAAGGGCAUGUUUGGGACUAGAAGAUGCUACGGUGGCAGGGCCGAUUCUGAAUGAUAGGAUGGAGUGGGACAGAGACUUGAUUCGAGAAUUGUUCAAUGACAGGAGCCUUCCGGUUAGCGUGGGGGAUAGCUUCGUGGAUUGGGUGGCUAAAUGCUUGAGCACAAUGAAAGUUGAUCAUGGCAGAAUGUUUGUGAUGGCUCUUUGGAGUAUUUGGCGUGCAAGAAAUGCUAAGGUAUGGGAGCAGAAAACUAUACCAGUUAGCUGCAUUGUGGCAGACGCAAAUGCAAUGUUGGAGGGGUGGAGUAGGGCCCAGGAGGGUGUUCACAAUUCGGCGCAGCGACGGGGAAGCUCAUGGAGCUGGAGCUGACCGGAGGGAAGGUAGUGACUUGGGGUUGCUAGUUCGUAACAAGGUUGGUUCUUUUGUAGCAGGAGGGGUAAGCCGGGGCCUGAGGCUAGUUGUACUCGUAAGGUUUUAGGAGUCCAAAAUGUUAAAUUUGAAGAUUUUGGAUUCCUAAUGGUGUGUAGUGUGGUAGGUUAAAAUUGGGUAAGUGGAUUUUUUGGGAAGAAGAUGGCUUAAAUUAUGAUAA